AUGUCGACCAACAGGGCAAGUGAUCAGAAGCUGUAUAAGAAGGCCCGAAGUUCAGCUCGCCGUAUCGUUCGUCACGCAAAGCAGGACUGGCUGAGAAAGCAGGCUCGGGACUGUGAACGCUUUAGUCUAACAUCUAAGGGAGGCUGGGAGUGCAUCAAGAGGAUCCAGACUGCACUUGAUGGAUUGCAGCCCCGCAAGACAGCUGCUAUCAAGAAUGCGCAGGGUGUUGUGUGCGAGACACCAGAGGCAACAGGUACGCGAUGGCGGGAGCAUUUUGACAGUGUCCUAAACGUGAUCAGUGAUUUUGUCCCAGAUGCCAUUGAUUCCAUUGGGCAGCUACCGAUUCGGCUUGACCUUGAGAACGCCCCAGCCUGCAGCGAGAUACACCGUGCUAUGCGAGCUCUUCAAAAUGGCAAAGCAUGUGGCCGAUCAGAGAUAACAGCGGAGAUGCUCAAGUGCGGCUCUGAACUGGUGCCUAGGUUGGAGAUGUUGUUGGCUGAAGUCUGGCGGACGGAAAGGGUUCCUCAGGAUUGGGCAGACGCCAUCUUAACCCCAAUUCCCAAGAAAGGUGAUCUUAGUGACUAUGGUAACUGGCGAGGCAUUGCGCUUCUAGACGUGGUCGGCAAGCUGGUGGCAAGAAUAAUAGCGGAUCGCCUGCAGCUGGUUGGAGAGGAAUACCUGCCUGACUCCCAGUGUGGUUUUCGCCGUGGUAGGGGAUGCUCAGACAUGGUGUUCUCAGUACGCCAGGUUGCCGAGAAAUUGCAUGAGUAUUCAUCAAAGGGCUUUGCGAUGUUCAUCGACUUGCGCAAAGCAUACGAUUCAGUACCUAGAGCAGCCAUGUGGAGGGUUCUCUCCAGGCUCGGCGUGCCGGAUAAGCUGAUCUCCAUCAUUCGGUCGUUCCAUGAAGGCAUGUCUGCAUCCAUUCGUCUCGGCGCAGAUCUGCUCGACCGUUUCCCGGUGUCGCAGUUUCGCAGAGACUGCUUGUUCAAUACGCGUCUCAGAGAGUGUCGCAGAGUGACUAUCACGGAAUGUCAGUUUGCGGACGAUUCGUCACUGUUCGCCAGAACCUACGGCGGUGCUGAAAGGGCCUUGGCCACGUUUCGACAGGUUGCAGCAUCUUUUGGCCUGUCAGUCAAUCUGGGCAAAACUAAGUUCAUGCCUAUGGGCGUUGGUGUGGUGGCGUCGAAUAUGUUGCCUUUGGGUGGAACCGUCGAAUGCGUGGACAGCUUUCGCUAUCUUGGCUGCCAGAUCACUCCUGAUGCUAGGAGUAGCUUUGAUGUCUCUCGCAGGAUCGCCGCGGCUUCGGGUGCAUUUGGCGCAUUGAAGAAAGCUGUGUUUGCGAACUCGGAGUUUCCUAUCGGUCUCAAGCGUGUUGUGUACGGAGUCACUGUGUUGGCGGUACUCCUCUAUGGUGCUGAGAACUGGACACCGAGGCAACGGGAUCUCCAGCGUCUGGAGUCGUUUCACCUGCGAUCUAUACGCAUGGUCCUGGGCAUCAGUCGGGCGCGCCAGAUGGACGAGCACGUGACAACCCUUCAGGUACGGCAGUGGUGGGGUGACAUGGAGCAGGUCUCUGACAAGGUCCGGCGCCGUCGUCUCCAAUGGCUGGGCCACCUGGCUCGCAUGGAUGACCGUAUUCCCCACCAAUUGCUCUUUGGUGCCUUGCCGUCUAAACGACCUCCACAUGGCCCCCGGAAGAGGUGGAAAGACCCAAUCAAACAUGACCUGACGGCGGUGUCCAUUGGCAUGAAUGAGUGGCUUGAAACAGCAGAUGAUAGGUCUGAGUGGAGAACCAGGUGUCAGGAUGGAGUCUACAGUGUGCCGUCCUCAAGACAUCGCUAG